UAGAUUAUUUACACCUUUUACUUCAUUCAUAAAGCAGAAGAUAUUAAAUUUUUUUACAUCAUUUGAUUAUUAUUGUGCAUACAUUCAUAAAAGAAUAAUAACUAUAAAGAUAACUUUCUUUUUAAGAAUUAUUUUCGUCAGUCAUUUUGUAUACAAACAUAUCAAUUUUGUAUGAAUAAUGAAUGGUUAACGGAUCUUGUGACAGGUACGGUGUUCUUACGAAAUUAUGGAAGUUCCUGGUAAAAAAGUGACGAAAGACAAAAAUGCAAAACUGUGUAGUUUCUGUGAAGAUUUUGACAUAACAUCAUAUGCAGAUGGGUUUUGCGUAGAAUGUGAAGUUUACUUUUGCAAUUCAUGUUUUGUGAAACAUAAGGGACGUAAAAUUAGUAGAAAUCAUUCCUUAGUAAGAGUCGAUGAUUCGAACUCAGGAACGGUUACGGUUGGUGAUACGUAUGGAACAUGCCAAGAGCACAAUGGAGAAUUUGUGAAAAUUUAUUGUCCAAAGCACGACCAAGUUGGCUGUGCAGAAUGCAUUCUUGUAUAUCAUAAUGGAUGUAAGUUGGAGCAUAUUCGUGACAAAGCUGCUGCAUAUGAUAACAGUCCAGAAUUUAGAAAUCUUAGAAAGGAGAUGAAUAAAUGCAUGAAAGAGGCUGAAGACAGUCUAUCAUUGAUAGAGAGCAACCGAAAACAGCUUACCGAGUUCUAUGAGCAAUUUGUUAGCGACGUAGAGGCAUUCACAGAUCAUGUUAUUGAGCGUAUAAAUAAAAUGAAAAAGAAGGUUCUGAAUCAGGCAAAUGACAUAAUGUUGAAUGACAAGAGGAAAAUGGAAGAUCUGCAGAAGGAUAUCGACGAUUUGAUAGCUGAAUUGAAACGACAAAACAAUGUACUGGAGUCAAAAAGUGACACUCCAAAUAACCUCUUUGUAGCAUCCCUGCAAAUAAAGCCAGAACUGAAAAGAACGCAGCAAAAUAUUGAUAGUUUUAGAAACAAAAAUAUUGUGACUCACUAUAAGUUCAUGCAAGACAAAAUUCUAGCUCAAUCAAUAACACAAAGCAAGGUGAUUGGGAUGCUUAUUGAACGGAAAAUGAUCUUUAAUUUAUGA